GAGGUUGUACUAUCAAUGUGUGGCUUCACAUUUUUGAUUCUACGGCAUCGACCCCUGGGGCUGGCAAUUAUGGCUGCUAAUGUUCCAUCACAUGAAUGUUAUAAGUGUGGCCAACUUGGUCACUUUGCUCGUUUCUGUCACCUUUCUCGUCGCAAUCAAGUAUCCAAUCCCAACUCUGCUCUAGUUCGCGUCAAUCCUCCUCUUCUGACCGGUCCUCAUCAGUCUUUAGUUAAUCAGUGUGCAGGUAAUUACGGUUCUGGCCAGUAUUCGCGAGGAAGUGGAUGGUAUAGUACCAAUCAGCGUCUUAGCUGUCUGGAGGAUACUGUAUCAAGGAUCAAGGUGCGUCACGAUGCUGAGGAAGAGCGGGAGAAAACCAAGAGAGAUGAAGAUGAACGUAAGAAGAAAGAGAUCGAGAAAGAGAAUCGUUGUGCGGAGGAACGUAAAGAGAGAGAAGACUUUCAUAGGAGGAUGGCCGAGGAGAUGAAUGUUAGGUUUGACAAAGUGUGUGAGGUGUUGGAAACCAAGAAGUAUAAGGAUAGCAGCAGUACGAUUGCUAAGUUACAAGCCGAGGUGGAGUCUCUGCAGAAGAGGAAAGUGGCUGACCCCCCAUCCGAUUGUGGAACUGUGAUGGAUGAGGCUACAGCUCGACGACUUCGUGAGCUUGAGGACUCUCAUAAACUUUCGCAAGAGAUCGCAGAUCGUAAGGUGGCAGCACUCGAGGAGGAAGUAGUUAUUGUUCGUCUUCUACAUGACCAUGCAACUAGUGAAGCGGCGACAUGGAAGCAGGAAGCAUUACGGCCUGGCAACAAGAGAGGUUCAACGACUUUACCCAGGACGAUGGAGGCUGUUGAUUUGGCUGAAGCACAUAGGAGGGAGGUCGAUUUUCUCAAGGAACUCCGCAGCAAGGAUCUCAAUGGAAGACGUGUGGCGGAGCAGGAAUUGGAGAAGAUCAAGGAAAGCAAGCUAGCUGCCGAUUUGGAAGCCGAACGGCUCAAAGAAGAACUGGCACGUAUGAAUGUUACAAGGAGUGGCAAUCGGCCGCUAGGCACGAACUUGAAGACGAAACUGAAUGAGGUGGCAACAGCACGGCCAAAGGAUAAAGGCAAGCAGAUCGCGUCGACUAGCAAGGAGGUUACUCGCGCCAAUGACAGGGAAGGUUUCAUGGCGGAUGCUCGCAAGUUUCUCAAACCACUGAAGAUGAACGCUAUUAAGGAGAUUUGUGCGAAGGAGGGUGUUACAUACACCACUUUGGAUCGCACCAAGGAGCACAUCGCAGUGCAAAGGGCGGCGCGCGCUCUUGAUUCGAAUUCCAAAGUAGCAGAGGUCCAGGAUGUUUUCGAAGACACGGACGCGAACCGUAUUGACGCUACUGCUUCAGGUGAUGAGGAGACGCAGUCUUAGCUUCACUCCCAAGCGUAGCUUCUCUUUGGGAAUUAGCUAAACGGUGUAGACGGAUUCGUUCCCUCUCCUCUGAUCUUCUUCGAUGUAGAAUGUUGAAUGUGAUUUUCUGUUUGAUUGUGCUUCAACUGAUCCUGUGGACAAAUUCCUUGGGCUAACAAAUAUGCUGGAUAUGU